AUGGCGCCUCCCGCAGCAGUCCCUGAGAGCGUCCUGAAGAAGCGGAAGCGGGACGAGGACUGGGCCACCAAGAAGGCCGCGGCGGCAGCAGAGGCCAAGCAGAAGUCCGUUGCGACUCGCAAGGAGAUCUUCAAGCGGGCAGAGCAGUAUGUCAAGGAAUACCGCACGCAGGAGCUGGACCUCAUCCGCCUGAAGCGGGAGGCCAAGGCCAAGGGCGGCUUCUAUGUGGAGCCGGAGGCCAAGCUGGUGUUUGUGAUCCGCAUCCGCGGUAUCAACGAUGUGGCCCCCAAGACCAAGAAGAUCCUGCAGCUGCUGCGCCUGCGCCGAAUCAACACCGGCGUCUUCCUCAAGGUGAACAAGGCCACCAUGAGCAUGCUGCAGCGCGUGGAGCCGUACGUGGCCUACGGCUACCCCAACCUGAAGACCGUCAAGGAGCUCAUCUACAAGCGCGGCUUUGGCAAGGUCAACAAGUCCCGCAUCCCGCUGACCGACAACGGCGUGGUGGAGGGGGCGCUGGGCGGCCACGGCAUCAUCUGCGUGGAGGACCUGGUGCACGAGAUCUUCACCGCGGGGCCCGCCUUCAAGCAGGCCAACAACUUCCUCUGGCCCUUCAAGCUCUCCUCCCCCAAGGGCGGCCUGGACAAGAAGCGCCUGCACUACAUUGAGGGCGGGCAGGCGGGCAACCGGCAGGAGUACAUCAACAACCUGGUGCGCGCCAUGAACUGA